AUGGCUCGCCUUCCUUGGUUUACGUGCGUUAGGUUUGCUGGGUUAUCAUACAUCAUCAACCCAUGGUGGGCAUUGCUGCUGGAGUCACUGGAACUGUUUACACUCAACCUGAUGAAUGUGUCGGCUGCUACACUGGCUUACAAGCUGGCUCCCAAGACCUUCGUGGCUACAGCUCAGGCUUUGGUGUGGGUUUCCCACUUUAACAUAGGUCGCUGCAUUGGUACAUUUGUUGGUGGUCACCUUAUGGAUGAAUACGGGGAGGUGCUGGUGUUCCAGGGUGCCGCCAUUCUUUCAGCAGCGUGUGCGGCUGUUUACCUCUUCAUUCACCAACUUGUCAAAUACUUAAAAGGACGGCAAAAUGUCCAGCCAAAACCCCAGCCGAGCAAAGAAAACGGAAAUGUACCGAAUGGCCAUUAUACUCCACUUCAGGUUGCUGACGAGAAAUUUUGAUCGGAGCUUCGUGCAAAACCUCCUCAAAGUUACCACAUACAGCCAAGAGAAAGUUUGGCAAUAUUAAAAACUCCAUGCGACUGUGAUACUGCAGGUUGACACGAGUGACUCGGACACCCCAGUGGCAGGAAUAGUCAUGUAAAUAAGAUCUACAUUACCAUUAUAAUUAGUGUUAUAGACGCACACAACAUGCCAGAGAAACUUUCAGGGUUAUGAAAGAAUAUAUGCAACUUACAAUUUUGUUAAGUGUUCUCUGCAAACCCAGUAAAUUACCAGUGAUGAGUGGCAUCAUCGAUGGUGGUGUCUCGGCAUGUUUUGCGAAGUUGCUUUCCCGUGAAAAAUGGGAUGCUUGAAAAUGAUAAAAGUGAACGAGAGAAAUAGGGUUAGGAUAUGGUGCUAAAAAUGCAGUGAUUUAUUAAUCAGGCAAUUUUAUUGUCAAGUUAAUUGUGUACAAGGCGAGUGGUGAUGGUCAUAUAUGGCCUAUUUUGGUUAUUGCUCUAAUUGUCCCUUAAUUGUACAAUUACAACAGUUAUUGUAUAUCUGACGCUGGGCCAGUGUAAUGCUGGGCCUCUCUCCUCCCUUCCAUACCCGUCUUGUAUACCAGUGGAAGUAUAUAUCAAGAAUAUCCAGUUUGUAACUUUGAGAAAACCUUUUGUCUACCAGUAACUUUCGCAAUUCUCCCAGAGACGAGCAGUAUAUAUGCUGUAUAUAGAGUUGUGUGGUGUAGAGCUGGGUGGGUGACAUCUCUUGUAAAGUAACUGAGCCCAGUGGAAUCAUUGAAUGUUUUACAUUAGGAUGAGCUGGUAGGCUGACUACAGUUAUCCUCCUUAUAGCUUUUUGUGAUAGUUGUAUCACGACUGAUGAGAAUAAAUUUGGUUCGUGUUUCAGAAAUUAAGAUUGAAUCUGAUUUCUGUGUGAUGGUGUUAGCUGUGGCAGUCAGAGCAGAUACCAAGCACAGCCUAUUGCACCUCUCUGCUUUUUUUCAGUAACUAGUUUGGCAUCAGGAAGGUUCAUCAUGGUUUUCCAUGUUGCAGGGAAUAGUAAAUGUUGGUGUCAUCCCACACAUUUGCCAAGAAACACGACCUUGUAUUUGUUUGGAUUGAACUCUAGAAGCCUCUUAUGUGGCCACAUCUGCAGUUUCUUGAGGUCUAUACACAACCUGCACAUAGGAAAGAGGAGCUUACGAUGACAUUUCAGUCCGACUUGGGCCAAACCAUACCCCCGGCCGGGAUUGAACCCGUGGUCAUAGAGUCUCAAAACUCCAGCCCGUCGCGUUAGCCACUAGACCAGCUAGCCACAAUAAGAUUCAUCCAACUAGGUAUAUUUCAACACCAUAGGAAGGUUAGCACAGGCACCACUGUGACCACAAAUGCAAGUUUUUACAGACGAAUCUCCAGCUAGCGUGGCCGUGACGAACUCUAGCUCAAGUCCCUUCACUGCAAUGUGUCAUUACGAUUUCUUGAGUCAAGUUGACUUGGGCCAUUUAGUCACACUAAUAGAAAAGAGAGGUGAAACCAGUAUAUACUGGCUCCAUCUCUCUUUUCUGUUAAUGUGACUUUGUCAACGGUCCAAGUCAGACCAAAAUGUCGCCAUAAACUCCUCUCUCCUGUGUGCGGGUUAUUUGUAUAUUGUUCCAAUCAUGGUAUUUUGCCUUUUUGUUCUUUUCUUGAGGUCUCUCUGGAGUUUAUCCCUGACCUUUACAUUUCUUAUUCUGAUGGGGCGCUGUAUAAUCCUCCGGGUUUAGCGCUUCCCCCUUGAUUAUAAUAAUAAUAAUUAUUCUGAUGGGUACAUCUGUGAUCACUGAUCCUUGUGCUCAGUCCCUGCAGGUUUCACCAGUGUAAAAUUUAUCACAACCCCCACAAGGUAUUGUAGAUGCCAGCAGUGGUGCCCUCAAAACUAGUUUCCUUAUACUAAGUCUUUUAUGAUGUUGGAGGAUAUGUGGCAACCUUGUUGUUGUCUUUGGAGAUUGUUAUCCUGAGCCAGAGGCAACAUAUUCUCCAACACCAGAGAACUUAAAAAGAAAACUAUGAAUACGUACACCACUGAUAUCUACAUACCUUGUGGGGUUUGUGAUAAGUUUUAGGUUGGUGAAGCCUCCAGGGACUGACCUGAACACUGUAAUCAGUGAUCACUGAACUUUUCCUGUUCACUGCAACACAGAAAAACACGUGAUGAACUUCCCUGAUGUUAAACGUCAUCAAAGAAGUGUAAAAGCUCUGCUUAGCAUCUGCUCUGAUUAACAUGGCUAACACUAUCACACAGAAAUCAGGUUCAAUCUUAAUUUCUAAAGCAAACACUAACCAAACUUAUUCUCAUCAGUCAUGAUACAAUUAUCACAAAAAGCUAUAUGGAGGAUCACUGUAGUCAGCCUACUGGCUCAUCCUAAUUUUAAAACACUCAAUGAUUCCACCUGACUCAGUUACGUUACAACAGGUGAUGUCACCUGUCCAGCUCUACACUGCACGUUUCCUCUAUGUACCGCAUAUACUCUGCUCGUCUCUGGGAGAAUUGAGAAAGUCUCUGGUGGACAAAACAUUUUCUCCUUAAAUUGCCACAAACCGCAUAUUGUCUUAUUUACAUACUUACCUCUUGUACCCUCUUUGCGCUGUGUGACCCAUUCGGAUUUAGCACUCAUUUGUGACCAGUUCUCCUUCUCCCUAACUCCCUCACUGCUUUUCUCUUUCUUCCUGAUUACUCUUGCAUAUGCACACACACCACUGAGCCACAGGUAAGUAAGGAAGUAUUUCUUCAGUCUCAUGGUGGCCAGGAAGUGGAAUGACCUUGACCAAGAAGUGGUGGAGCCAGACUCCAUACAUAGUUUUAAGAAUAGAAACUAUAGGCCCCAUGAGGCUAGGAGAGAGUGAAUGUGGCAAAUAGAGAGGGGGGCCAGGAGCUAAGAAUUGAUCCCUGCAACCACAUAUAGGCGAGCACACAUACACAGAUACAAAGAAGAGGUAUGAUAAGGUUCUUAAAGCCAGGAGAGUAAGCACAUUAGUGGCCAGAGAAAAGGCAGAGCCAGGAGCUAAGACUCAGUGCCUGCAAUCACAUACAGGUGAGUGUAUGCAUGGACACGCCAAGAAAGGUUACUAGCCUAGUCUGACGAAUGGCUCUUGGAGUUAAACCCCACCAAGUGCAAAUUUAUGAAGCUUGGGGAAAGAGAAAGAAGGCCUCAGACAGAUUACAGGCUGAAGGGUUAACGGCAGCAAAUCCUCACUCAAGGAGGGCCUCUGGGUGAAUAUCAUACAAAGUAUAUCCCAAGACGUACAUCAACCAAAUAACUACUGCAGCAUAUGUGCUUAUGGCAAAUCUAAGAAUAACUUUUUUGAUGUCUAGGGAAUCAUUCACAACACUUUACACUGUGUAUGUCAGGCCUAUACUUGGAAUAUGCAGCACCAGUAUGGAACCCACACCUAGUCAAACACAUCAAGAAAUUGGAGAAAUUGUAGAGGUUCAGCAAGGGAGCUAAGGGGUAUGUUCUGUGAGGAGAGGUUAAGGGAACCCAACCUGAUGCCACUGGAGAACAGGAGGACUAGGGGAAGGGGGGAUAUAACAAUGUACAAAAUACUGAUGAAUUGACAAGUUGAGCAGAGAUAGAAUGUUUUAGAGGUGGGAAAUAAGAACAAGAGGGCACAACUGGAAGUUAAAAAAAAAAAUCUCACUCGGGUGAGCCACAGGGAUGUUAGGAAGUAUUU